AAUGAUCAUCGAAAAUCAAAGGUGUUUUGGAAAAGAAAUUGUUAAUUCAUCAAUCUAUCAGUCGAUGGAAUCAGGUAUAAUCAUUGAAAAAACAAAAAAACCUUUUUCAAUUAUUCCCAGGGUAUUUGCAAUCAGUUUGGAUGAGAAAGAAAAUAAAUUAUUUAGAAGAGAAUCAGAAAGAAUUUAAAUAGAAAUUGAGAAUGAAAAGUCAAAGGAGAUUAAAAAUCCAUAAAAAGUAUCAUUGUACUCAGAUGAAAUUAUCCAACAUUUAUUAAUAGAAGAGGUAAUUAAUUAAUUACUAAUUUAUUUAGAAUAAAUAUUAAAUAGAUUAAUAUAUGACUCCUGAGAUGUAACCAAAUAUAAAUAUGAAAAUGAGAGCAAUUCUAGUAGAUUGGCUUAUUGAUGUUCAUGCUAAAUUUAAGUUAAGAGAUGAAACAUUAUAUCUUACUAUUUCCUUAAUAGAUAGAUAUUUAGCAAAAGAAUAAGUGACAAGAUUACGUUUACAAUUAGUAGGUGUAGCUGCACUCUUCAUAGCAUGUAAAUAUGAGGAAAUAUAUCCACCUGCAUUAAAAGAUUUUGUGUACAUUACAGAUAAUGCUUAUGUUAAGAGUGAUGUAUUGGAAAUGGAAGGUUUAAUAUUGUAAGCUCUGGAUUUCAAUAUUUGUAAUCCAACUGUUUACUAAUUUUUAUCAAAGUUUUCCUCUGAAUUAGAUCCAAAAAAUAAGGCUUUAGCUUAAUAUAUAUUGGAGUUAGCAUUGGUUGAAUACAAAUUUAUAGUAUAUAAACCAUCUUUAAUAACCUAAGCUGCAAUAUUUUUAGUUAAUAAAAUUAGGUAUUAUAUAAUUUAAUCAUUAGAAUUCCAAACUUUAGAACCUAAAAUGAAUCUACAUUAAAACCUUGUGCUAAAGAAUUAUGUUAAUUAUUAUAAACAGCAGACCUAAGUACAUUGUAAGCUGUAAGAAGAAAAUUCAAUACUACCAAAUUUUAUGAAGUUUCAAGGAUAAAGGUUGAAAAAGUCAAUAAAUGA